UCAAUGUAAAGGCAGAUGGAUAAGAUAAAAGGGACCUAAAACUGAGCGAGUUCAGCACUGCAGCUCCUGUAACAAAAAUAUCUCUUAUUAGCUUUGCUUGGUCUGGCCAGGUCUCUACUCUUCCAUAUCAAUAUGGCCAUGGCAAUAGCAGUCGUCAACUCUUACUUCCCUGCGCUCAAUUCCACUGUUAAAUUCCGUUGCUCCAUUUCCUCCCAACGCCUUAUCCCCACUUCACAGUCCCUCGCUUCUAAACUCGCCACCUCUGAUAGGAAAUUGCACGAAACAUUGACCGAUGGCCGAGUAGACGUUGGACGUUCUCAAUCUACUGCUUUUAAAUCUUUUGGCGCGCAAAGAAAAGACAGAAAGGAGCUUCAGCAUGAUUCGAAGGAGCAGCCGGUGGUGAUGUCGGCAUUGCAGUGUUUGCAGGAGCUAGCGUACAGCCAGUCCGCGUGGGCACCUGGGCUACGGAGCGUGAUGGUUGAACCAAGGAAUCUUCAAGAUGUAGCUUUUCUUAAUGCUGUUGUGAAGGUUUAUUGCACCCAUACUGCUCCUGAUUAUUCCCUUCCAUGGCAAAAGCAAAGUGCUUUUAUGAUUGGUGAUGGGAAACUUUUGACAAAUGCACACUGUGUUGAACAUGAUACACAGGUUAAAGUGAAGAGAAGGGGAGAUGAUACCAAAUAUGUGGCUAAGGAUGCAGUAACUGUUGUAGGGUAUCCCCUUGGAGGAGAUACCAUUUUGGUGACGAAGGGUGUUGUAUCAAGUAUAGAGGUUUACAGAUCUGAACAGGAUGAAAAUGUUGGAUAUGUGAUUCCAACUACAGUUGUAUCUCAUUUUUUGAAUGACUAUGAGAGGAAUGGGAAAUACACUGCUUUUCUAGGUUUCCCUUGCCUUGGUGUACUGCUGCAGAAGCUAGAGAAUCCAGCACUACAUGCAUGCCUGAAAGUACAGUCUAAUGAGGGCAAUGUGAUUGUAAAUUUUGAUGAUGUUCAUGUAGGUUGUGAAGGAACAAUACCCUUCCAUUCAAAUGAGCGCAUUGCAUUCUGCUACCUCAUUAGUCAAAAGUUUGCUGGUGAUGUAGCAGAACUUGGUGUUAUUAGGGAUGGGACUUUCAUGAAAGUUCAUGUUGUCUUAAAUCCACAAAUGCAUUUGGUUCCCUACCAUAUUGAUGGAGGUCAGCCUUCAUAUCUAAUCAUUGCUGGUUUGGUGUUUACCCCACUGUCAGAACCCCUAAUAGAGGAAGAAUUUGAAGACUCCAAUAUGAAUUACAGAGGACAUCCUUUUAAGUACAUUAUUCAUUCCAAAUUAACAUGUGACCAGAUGGCUUAAAUUUACUUAGUUGGUCCUUCUUCUGAUUAGCUGAAACUGCUAGCAAAGGCUCGGCACUCUUUAGCAAGAUUCAAAGGGGAACAAGUUGUGAUCCUAUCACAGGUCUUAGCAAAUGAAGUAAACAUUGGAUAUGAGGAUAUGAGUAAUCAGCAGAUAACAGGUUUUGAAGUUCAAUGGAACAAUAAUAAAAAACGUUCAUCACCCAGCCCACCUUGUUGAUUCAUGCAAGGACAAGUAUCUAGUUUUGGAGUUUGAAGAAAAUUAUGUUGCUGUAUUGGAGAGGGAAACUGCUGCUUCGCCAUGCAUACUCAGAGAUUAUGGAAUUCCAUCUCAGAGAUCUUCUGAUCUGUUAGAACCAUAUGUGGAUUUGCACGGGGACAGCCUGGCACUGCAGCAAGAUUUUGGCGACAGCCCAGUUUCAAAUCUAGAAAUCGGUUUUAAUGGAAUCCUUUGGGCAUUAUUAUUAUAUGUUAAGACGCUACUCCAUAAUAUUUCAUUUCAGCCACAAUUGGGGAAGCAUCGUGAGAGCUGUAGAGGUUGCAAACCACCUUAAGUUGCAAUGCCAGAGCUACUGCUUCGAUUUCGGCCAUCCUACUGCUUCGAUUUCGGCCAUAAUUUUUUUGACCAUCACAUUCUUCUCUCUUUCUUUUUUCAAUCUCUCUGAGGUCAGAUUUUUUUUUUAAAUUCUGGCUAUCAAUUUUCCACUCUUAUUCUUUUUAUAAGGGAGAGCAUAAUUGUAGGCAGGUCACUGAAUUAUAUAUGAAAGCAUUUGACGUAAUGAUGUGCGAUUAUGAAAUUGUUAAAUUAUUCA